AUGCAUGCGUGCCUUUUACCUCUCCAUUUACAUACACCCAUGUGUACGCGUAUGUUUAUGGGACAGGAUGGUCAAUUUUUCAGCGCCGUGUUUCAUGCGUGUAUUUUUGUUUGUUUGUUUGCAUGUCCUUUGCUUCCCCUAUGCCGGGUGUUUUAUCCCCUUUUAUUUAUUGACAAUUGUGAUUUCUUUAUUAUUAUUAUUAUUAUUAUUAUUAUUAUUAUUAUUUCUGCGAGCGGAGUCAAGUGCCUGCGCCCGCUCUGUACUGGUUUCAUGUCAUCGGUCGGCAAAAGUCAUUUCUCUUUUAUUCGUUUGUUUGUUCUUUUCCGGUGUGUGUGUGUGCGGAUCGUGCAGGGUGAACAUUACGAGAUGCGGCACAGUAGUGCGAGGCGGUCUUCUCGUGGCUUCGUGAAGCAUUCACCGCCCAUUCCAUACACAGCUUCCUCGCCUUUUUUUACGGAUGUGGGGAAGCCGAGGGGCUUGCAGGCACGCAAGGUCCUUGGCCUCGUUUCGCGUCUUAAAUCAGCCGUGCUACAGAAGCUUCUUCCCAUUUAUCAUCCCCCAAUAAAUUACGGUGACAUUCUCCGAGAAGUGCCGUAUUAUGUUCAAACUCGUGUCGUUGCCUUCUUCUCAAUUCACCCAAGUUAUUGCGAAGAUGUGUUUGGUGUUUCCCAUGGACAGUGCAUCCGCUUUACACGGGGGCCGUGGAUGAAUGAAACGGCUAUCAUCGUCGGCGUGCGUGGUGGCAAGCUCUGGAUUGUGGGUUGUGAUGGCCCCAUCGUGGCACGCCCUCUUCGCGAGGUACAAAAACAUGGGUGGGAAAAGGUACGACCGGAAGCCACGCUACUGGGGCGGUUCCGCGAAGGACUUGUUGGGGCACGGAAAGAUGUAGAGUUGGAUUACAGUCCAGAGCAACGGGAGUUUCUGCAGAAGGCACCGGACUUGUAUGCAGAAGUCGUGGACGAUGAAGUGGCCGGGGGCGAGGAACUUGAUCCUGUAGAAGUAGGAUGGGACGGACCGACCGCCGGCAGCCGCGGAGAGAGUGGCGGCGUUGCCCCGAGUGACGGUGUCGCCUCAUGCAUUCCUCCGAAUAACGGUAGAACUGGGAACACGAACAAUGACACGCGAAUUGGUGAGUUUUCGACGGCUAGGAAGCGCAUUGUUCUUGUUCCAGAGCUCCUGCAGUCCACGAAUGAUCUUGGCUGGGCAGGGGAGGGUCUUGUGACGGUUAACGGUGGUGGGGUGAAGUCCUUUUCUGCCUCCCUCUCCGCAUCCGUCUUGUUGUAA